UUUUUGUUCUGUUAUAGUCUGGGAUUUGCCCUCAGUCAUAAGAUUGUAGCUUAUUUUCUUGGUUAAAUGAAAUUUUAUUUACCACAAGGAAAACUGUAAACGGCUGUUUUGAAUGCUUCUGAGCUGGUUUUUGUUGGACUUUGCCUUCUAAAAAUAAUAAUUCACACACAAGAACAAAAUUGGUAAAAAAAAUACACAAACAAGAAAACUAGCUCGUUUAAUAAGAGAACAUAACGGAAGUUGUUCUAGUCACCUUACCCAAAAAAAAAAGUUGUCGUGGUCAUAACCUAAAGGGUAUGUAUUCAAAAUCCAUGGCCAGGCAAAUAUUUUGACUUCUUAUCUUAAAGUAGUAUUGCAGUGUUUUCAUUCCAUUAUUGGCUUGCGAGAAGAAAAAAAAAACAAAACAAGUCAUGGAUUAGUUGAUGAGAGAGUUCAAUGAACUUUUUCCUGUUAAAGGCCACUCUCUCAAGUUUUUAGUUUAUCUAUGUUUUCCUAAGACUAAGAGAUUGGAUAGCAUGCUUUUUAUGCACCUAUUACACAUAAAGUAUGGAAAGAACCGCGCACACACUACUUUUGUAGCAGAAGCGUCUAGUAGGUAGAAAAGCAUGAUCGGAAACGGAGUUGUUGGAAUCCUAUCUGAGUCCACAAACAAAUGGGAAAGGAGGGUACCGCUUACACCUUCUCAUUGUGCUCGACUUUUACAUAGUGGCAAGGGUGAAAUUGGAGUGACCCGCAUUAUUGUUCAGCCAUCAACCAAGCGGAUCCAUCAUGAUGCCCUCUAUGAGGAUGUGGGUUGUGAGAUAUCAGAUGACUUGUCAGAGUGUGGUCUUAUUUUGGGUAUUAAACAACCAAAGAUGGAGAUGAUUCUUCCUGAUAGAGCCUAUGCCUUUUUCUCGCAUACCCACAAGGUGCAGAAAGAAAACAUGCCAUUGUUAGAUAAGAUAUUAGCUGAGAGGGCAUCAUUGUUUGAUUAUGAGCUAAUUCUUGGUGACAAUGGAAAAAGGCUACUUGCAUUCGGAAAAUUUGCUGGUAGAGCUGGACUUAUUGAUUUCUUACAUGGACUGGGACAGCGUUACCUCAAUCUUGGUUUUUCAACACCUUUCCUCUCGCUGGGUGCAUCUUACAUGUAUACUUCCUUGGCUGCUGCUAAGGCUGCUGUGAUCUCUGUAGGUGAAGAGAUAGCAGCUUUUGGACUGCCAUCUGGAAUCUGUCCUCUACUUUUUGUAUUCACUGGUUCAGGAAAUGUUUCUCAAGGGGCCCAAGAAAUAUUCAAGCUUCUUCCUCACGCUUAUGUAGAUCCACGGAGACUUCCAGAGCUAUUUGGGACGGCUAAGGAUUCUCAGUCUGCACGGACUUCAAAGAGGGUCUUUCAAGUAUACGGUUGUCUAGUGACUCCUCAAGACAUGGUUGAACCCAAAGAUCCAACAAAACCCUUUGACAAAGCUGACUACUACGCACAUCCAGAGCACUACAGCCCCAUUUUCCACGAAAAAAUAGCUCCCUAUGCGUCUGUUAUAGUCAAUUGCAUGUAUUGGGAGAAAAGAUUUCCUCGGUUGUUGACCACCAAGCAGCUGCAAGAACUGAUGAGGAAAGGAUGCCCUCUAGUUGGAAUCUCUGAUAUAACUUGUGAUAUUGGGGGCUCAAUAGAGUUUGUUAAUCAAAGUGCAUCGAUCGACUCACCAUUCUUCAGAUAUGAUCCUUUUACUGAUUCGUACAAUCAGGACACAGACGGGAAUGGUCUGAUAUGCUUGGCUGUUGAUAUUCUUCCAACUGAGUUUGCGAAAGAGGCUUCCCAACAUUUUGGGGAUAUCCUAUCCCAAUUUAUUGGCAGUUUGGCCUCUACGAAAGACAUUGAUGUGUUGCCUGCGCACUUACGGAGAGCUUGUAUAGCACAUGGAGGAGCCCUUACUCCGUUGUAUGAAUAUAUUCCUCGAAUGCGAAACUCUGACUUAGAAGAUAUAUCAAAACAUAUUGCAAACUGCCCCUCGAGUAUGAAGAAAUACAACAUACUGGUAUCUUUGAGUGGUCAUCUGUUUGAUCAAUUUCUCAUAAACGAGGCUUUGGAUAUUAUCGAAGCUGCAGGUGGCUCCUUUCACCUAGUUAAGUGUCAAGUGGGUCAAAGUGCAGAUGCUAUGUCUUAUUCAGAACUUGAAGUUGGUGCUGAUGAUAGUGCAAUUUUGGAUAAAAUUAUUGAUUCUUUAACUUCUAUUGCCAAUUCUAGUGAAAAUCAAGGAUUUAUAAAUGAAGAUACAAAUAAGAUAUCAUUUAAGGUAGGUAAGAUCCAUAAGGGUGACCUUGAGAAGGAAGAUGCCAUGAAAAAGAAAACUGUGGUCCUGAUUCUUGGUGCCGGAAGGGUCUGUCGACCAGCUGCUGAAUUCUUAGCAUCCAUUGGAAGCGGUACAUCUCGACAAUGGUUAGAAACAUGCAUUCCAGAUGAUUUUGAAGAGAAUAACGAUGUUCAAGUUAUUGUUGCAUCUCUGUACCUAAAAGAUGCAGAAGAGAUAACUGAAGGUAUUGUAAAUGCCACAGCAGUUCAGCUUGACAUAAUGGAUCACCAAACUCUUUGCAAUUACAUUUCAGAGGUUGACAUUGUUAUCAGUUUAUUGCCUCCUAGAUGCCACAGAAUCAUAGCAAAUGCAUGUAUUCAGCUGAGGAAACAUCUCAUCACUGCUAGCUAUGUUGAUGAUUCUAUGUCUAAGCUUGAUGGAGAAGCAAAGAGUGCUGGCAUUACUAUUCUUGGUGAGAUGGGCUUAGACCCUGGCAUAGAUCACAUGAUGGCAAUGAAAAUAAUUAACCAAGCACAUGUCAGGAGGGGGAGGAUUAGAUCUUUUACUUCUUAUUGUGGGGGGCUCCCAUCCCCAGCGGCUGCAAAUAACCCAUUGGCUUACAAAUUCAGUUGGAAUCCAGCGGGAGCUAUUCUAGCUGGGCGCAAUUCAGCCACAUAUAGAUCCCAUGGGGAAACAGUACAUGUUGAUGGGAAUGAUCUCUAUGGUUCAGCCGUGAGAUUCCGGGUACCUGAUCUUCCAGCUUUUGCGUUGGAGUGUCUUCCCAAUCGCAAUUCUUUGACUUAUGGUGACCUAUAUGGAAUAGGACAUGAAGCAUCCUCCAUAUUUCGUGGAACCCUCCGUUAUGAAGGAUUUUCUGAAACAAUGGAGACAUUGGCAAGAAUUGGUUUUUUUAAUACGGAACCUCAUCUAGCACUCGAAUACGAAAAGAGACCCACAUAUGUGUCAUUCCUGCUUGGACUUCUUGGCGCUCAAAGUCGGAAUCUGGCGGGAAAAGUAAUGGGAGAGAAUGGUGUCAUGGAAAUGAUUCUUGGACUUGGAUUGUGCAAAGAGCAAGAAAUGGCAUCAAAGACAGCCAAAACAAUCAUAUUUUUGGGAUUGCAUGAAGAGAUUGAAAUUCCUCUAUCUUGUCGAAGUGCAUUUGAUGUUAUCUGUCUCCGCAUGGAAGAAAGGCUAGCAUACUCCAGCACAGAACAUGACAUGGUGCUUUUGCACCAUGAACUAGAGGUAGAAUUUCCAGAUGGCCGACCGGCAGAGAACCAUAGGGCCACUCUUCUGGAAUUUGGGAGGACCGAGAAUGGGAAAACCACCACAGCUAUGGCUUUUACCGUUGGGAUUCCAGCAGCCAUCGGAGCUCUGCUCUUACUUGCAGAUAAGAUCAAGACAAGGGGUGUCUUAAGGCCCAUCGAGCCUGAAGUUUAUGUUCCAGCACUGGACAUCUUGCAAGCUUAUGGGAUCAAGUUGCUGGAGAAGAUGGACUGACUUGGAUUGCUUCAUGCAUCCCUACUUCCUGUUAACAUGCACAUAUGAUAAUGUAAUAGUGGUGGUGUACUUAAGAUUUACAAAUGAGAAGUUGUUACAGUACCGCAGUGGUUUUAAUCUUUUACCCACAAAGAGAUUCAGGACACAAGUUAUGGACAGAGGAUUAGUCUGACUUUUGAAUAUGCUGCCAUUAUAGCCCUCUAA